AUGGCUAAAUUCUUUGAUAAUGUACCUGUACAUGAAAUAAUCAUCAAAGGUCUAGAAACUCAUCCAAUAGAAGACAGAGAAUAACUUGAAGAAGUGAAGAUUGAACUUGUGAAUGGAGAAGUCAAGUCGCUUACUGGUUAUGGCAAAUCUUAUAUUGGCAACAAAGUUCAAUCAUUUACUUUUAAAUAACACAUAUUAGAAGUCUUAUCGUUUCUAUGGAGAUUUGAAAUCCUGAUGAUUAUGGUCUACAUCAUUAUUAGUUGGGUUCUUUAGGAUGAUGCAGCUAGCAAUUUGGUUGUUUUAUUUUAAAGCAUAGUUUUGCUUUUAGAUUACACUCUCUAUGUGACAAAAUGCUUUCUUAAAUUUCGUAAUUUUAGAAUAGUCGAAUCCUAAUUGAAUGAAUAGAGAUAUAGUAUAUUGGAGAACUUUAUUCAUUCCAAAGAACCUUUGGCAUCAGAUUCAUCCGAGGAUAUAAAUACUUAUUUCUAUCCACAAAAAUAAGUAUUAAGAGAAUAGAUUAAAGUUGGUGACAUUGUUAUCCUAUAAAAAACACAUGAAUGCCCUGCAGAUGUAUUGCUUUUAGAAUCAAGUCAUCCAGUUGUAUAAAUAGAUUAAAAUGAAUUUGGUAUUUCAACACCUAAAAUAACCAUUCCUUGUUAAUCCACUUUCAUCUAACCAAAAUCAGACACAAAAGGGUUGUUAGUUGAAUUCAAGUUAACAUUAAAUGGGCAAAUUUAGUAUUCCUACUCUUUUGGCAAGAAAUCCAGUUUGAUGGGAAUGAUAAAAUUAAAAAAUGAUCCAAAAGUGUUUAAAUUCAAUCAGGAUAACAUUAUUUUUAGUGGAGAGAAGCUUUUAAAUACAGAUUGGGCAUUGGGAAUAGUAUUAGUGGCUGGCAAUAAUUGUUUACGCAUUUAUAAGCCAAUCAAACACAAACGAUAGAAGUCAUUAUUUUUUAUUGGCAUGAUUGUUCUUGGAUAUGUUAUUAGUUUGCUUGGUAAUCUGAUUUAUAAAUCGAGUUAUGGGAUUCACUUAUGUUUCAAUUCUAUGUUAAUUCCAUUAUAUUCCAUAUUCUAUAAAGAAUUUGUUUAGAUUUUUAAUUACAUCAAACAGCCGAGCAUUCAAAAGAAGGUUAAGCCAAUUAAUGCCAUUGAAUAAGGAAAUAAUUAAGGGAAGGAUAUCGUCUAAGAUGAUAAACAUAUUUGGAUUGAAUUUAAUAGAGUAAAGAAUAUGACUGAAAUCUAUUCUUAGAAUAAAUUAUCAAAAUACGAUGACAUCAAAGACUUUUCGGUUAUGAUGUAAUAAACUAAUUAUUGGAAAUGCUCGAAAGUAAAUUUGGUGUGUUUGGAAUUGAAUCAAUAGUAUUUCCAAAGGAAGAGGAAAAUCCAGUCUAUUUAUAUUGAUGACAAGCAAUACACAUUCAAAUAUAAAUAAUUGGUGACAGUAAUGAAUAACAAUCAAAUAUAAUUGGGGGAUAAUUACUACAAGACCCUAUUAGAUACAGGCAGAGAGAAUGACAUAUUUGAUGAGGACAAAAAGGAUUACAGCGAAUUAAUUAACUCGCAUCCUUAUUCUCCUCAUAAUUAAGAGGAGAGAUAAAAUUAUGGGAUCAGCUCAAACUUAUAAUUUUCCCUUUCAAAAAAAACCAUUGAUGCAUCUCAAUAGAAGAAACUAAAGAAUUCCUUAGGCAAAACCAUAUCAUUUAGAACAAAGGUUGUCAAGAGUGGAAGUGACUAGAGUUCGUCUAUUAAUCAAUUAUAAAAGCAAUAAUUGAAUGAAUAAUAAUUUAUAACUCAACUGUUUGAUGACUUCGAUAAUUAAUAUCACGAGAAAGUUGUUGCACUCUUGUUGUUAUGUGAGAUUGAGAAUAAAUACAACGAAUAAAAAAAAACAAUAGAAACAUAUUGUAAGAACCCAUAAGAUUAUAUUUUAAUUGAGUUCUGCAAUCUCUUAGAAUACAAACUUAAAUGUAGUAUUGAAGCUGAGCGUUAAAUUUAUGACAUAAUUCUCAAAAGUCAACUCAAAAUCAUUGAAAUAUAAGGCAAAUUGAAAUAAUAUAAGAUCCUGAGUGAAAAUAAACAAACAAAAAAUAGAAUCGGAGUCUAUUCAGUACUCCUAAAAGAUCCAGAAGAGUUCAAUGAGGAUGAAGGUGCACUGCUUUAUGUAAAAAUUGAAACUUCUCAAAUGUAUGAAAACACUAACAUGAAUAUCAAUGUGUUAGAAACUAAUUCAACCUUGUAUUAUAUGUUGAAAUAGGGUCAAUAGCCAACUCUGUAUUUUAAGAAGCAACUCAAAAAGAGUGAAGCUAAGUAAUUCCUAUUAAACAAAAUGAACAUCAUGAAUUCAUACACAGCAGACGAAGAUUAGCUUGAAUUGUUGUAUUUACAAUUAGAAUCCUAGGCCGAAUUGCUCAUGAUUAUAGGAACUCAUGCAAAGAUAGAUCAAAGUGCUCUUCUGACCAUUGAUGCAUUCUCUUAAGCUAAUUUAAAUACAUGGUUGGUUUCUGCUGAAAAUCAAUUCGUAGUUCUAAGGUUUUUGUUUGAUGCAAAAUUCAUAGAGAAUGAAAACGAUUUAAAUCAAUUUAAUUGCGGAGAUGAGAGAACCUUGAAAUUCGCUAUUUAGAGUGCCUGUUCAAAUCUGAUUAAAAUAUUUGAAGCACAAGACUUUGAAAAGAAGUACAUUCUCCUGAGUUGUGAAGCCUUGUUAACUAUAAUCAAAGAUGAGUAUCUCUUAAAUCAUUUUGCCAUAAUCGUUUGGUUUAGCAGAGGGUUGGCCUUGUAUGAUAGUAUGGAGAUCUCUAAGGUUAAAUUAUUUAAGAUUGCCAAAAAACUCAAUAUGUAAAUUGGAUACAUCGGCAGUUGUGCUAACACUCAAAGGGUUUAUCAGAUGAGUUAAAUAUCAAUUGACAUCAACCCGAAAUGCUACACUCAAUCCAAACCUUGCUAUUUAGUCAAUUCUUUAAGAUGUGCAGAAUCAAUCCUAAUAAUUCAGUGUAUAAGUUCGUCUUUGCUGGCCUAACAGAUUCUUUACUUUUGGCUUUACGAGAUGAUUCUAUUUGUCUUAAUCAAUCUCAUCAACUAGGGGUAGUUUUUAACUUAAAGUUGUAACGUCCUCCUUCUAUUAAGUCAAACCUUUACAGUGAUGAUUCAGUUGAUAUCUCACAAUAAACGAUUCAAGACUUCAGAUGUCUAUUACAAAGGGUUGAUACCUUAAAGAUGCUUAGUCAAAUCUCUGUUUAACAAGGAUUCAUUAAUUAAAAUAUUCUUUGUUGGAGUGAUUGAUGCAACAAUUGUGAUCAUUCCUUUGUAUGCCACAAAAUACUUAUAUGGAGAUUCCAAUUAUUUGCCAAUAUCCCAAUUUGCUUUUAUAAUUACUCUAGAAUUAAUAGUUAAAAUAUAAUUGUAUUUCUAAAUAUUCUAGCAACAACAUAAACAACUUUUGGGUUUGUUAUUUUUAAGCGUAUUCAUUGUAGCUUUGGUGACAUUCCUAACUAUACCUGAUUAUAGUGAUUAUAAAGUAACUUACUCAGAUUUGUUUUAUAGUCCUGGAUAUAUAAUUAGAAGUUUAAUCUUCGUUUACAUAUUUGCCUUUGUAUUUAAAUUUGCAGUCACUUCUAUACUAUAAUUGUACAAUUUGGAGAUGUUCCAAGAUACUGUGAUAACAGAUGAAUAAAAUUUUAAAUGUAUUGAGUAGACAAAGAAGUAGAGAACCACUAAGCAAAGUUUGCAGUUGUCUAUCUAAUAGAGGAAGAAAUUCAUCAAAUCUAUUUUGGCAGAUAACAAUUAGAUGGACGAUUCAAUCUAUAAGGCCUUGAAUAACAAUAUUAAUAAUGAUGAAUAAAUAGAAUUGAAGAAAAACUUGACCUUCAAUCAAAAGGAAUUUGAAAUUCGAUACCAAGAAUCCAUGAGUCAGAAUUCAAUCUUGUAUAUCAUCUUUGAAGCUACAAUCUUCGUUAAUCUAUUGAUCUAAGUUAACUAUAUUGAAAAGAAUAUAGCAAUCUACAUCUUAUGGGGGGUGUAACUGUUCUACAGUAUUACAAUUUAUAUACUGUAAUACUUGGAAAUCACUCCUCAUAAAAUCUAAUAAAAUUUACAAUUAAUCAGCAUCUUAAGUAGGUUUUUAUUUUAAUUUAUAACAACAUUCUUAUUGGAUUAGGAUUACAUAUUGAAUUAAAUUAUAUUUACGUCAAUAUUUAUGAUAAUCCUGCUGAAUUACUCAAUAAAGCAGAGUUUGAAAUUUAAAGGUACGAUAAUCCUUAUGAGUUUAAUUAGCUUGGGAGUGGUAUUGAAAUUCAUAAUACCUAAAUAUCAAUACUUCCCAUAGAAAUAGAUCAUGUUUGUUUUGGCUUUGAUAAUCAUAUGUAGUUUAUCAAUUGUAAGUGGAUAUUACUUAUGCUAUGUGAAUGAGUAUUUGAGGAGACAAAACUUUCUAUUGCAAGAGCAAUUGGAGAAGGAACAGAAGAAAUUGAAUGACGCUUUGGGAAUAUUGAUGCCCAGAUUUAUUAAGGAGCGAAUGGCUAGAGGAUAUAUAUAAAUAUAGGAAGAUUAAGGGCCAGUCACAAUCCUCUUUUGUGAGAUCUGCGACUUCGAUGACAUUAUUGAAUCUGAGAAAGUGUCAAUCAUAAGUUUUCUGGAUUCUAUUUAUAGGACCUUUGAUACAAUAUGCAAUCAGUAUAACAUCUAAAAGAUCGAGACAGUAGGAUAGAUUUAUGUUUGUGCAUCUGGAUUAAAAGACUAUGAUAUAAUUGAUAAGCAAUCAAAAAACUCAACAUAGAAAAUGAUUGAAUGUGCAAUAGCCAUGAUGGAAUCAACUAAUAAUUUAAAAUAUUAAGAUAAACAGAUAGUUAUAAAGAUUGGGAUUAAUUAUGGGAAUGUGAUGGCUGGAGUCAUUGGCUAACAUAAACCGUAAUUCUCAUUGAUAGGAGACACUGUUAACACAACCAGUAGAGCCUGCACAGUCUGUGAACCAGGAAGGAUUUCGUUGACUGAAACUGCCUAUAUCAGAGUCAGACAAAUGAAGUAUUAAUUUUAAGUUAAGGAAAUCAAUAUCAAAAAUAUCUAUGUGCUCUAUUCACUUGUCAUUAAUAAGAAAAGUACUUUUGCAACAAAGGUUGACAAGUCACCCAUCAUUAAAUUAGUCAGUUCAAUUUAAUUUAAGAAACUUGAUUAAAAUGAUAAGCCUCUCAUCAAUGAUCUUAUGACAAAUGCUGUCAAUCCUGCUGGUUUCUAAUUCGAUAUAGCAAGGAAAUCGUCAAUGUCGAGAAAUAAAUCUGUUUAUUAAUUACCAGUUGAAUAGUUUGGUAAAGUAAUCUAAGAUGUAAUCACAGCAAAUAAGUUAAUAUGUAAUUAUUUAUUAUUGAAUUGUAGAGGAUAUAUCAAAUAGACAGUCACUAGAUUUAAAGAAGUGAAUCCUUAAAUGAUGUCAUCACAUGAUUAAGUUUAAUAGUAAUAACAAUAAUAGCAAUAAUAAUAACAAUAAUAAUAAUAAAAGAAAGAUGAUCCCUUAGGUGAUCAAUUUGGCGAUCUAUUUGAUAAUCUGAAAGUAGCUGAUUCCUAAAAAAACAUUGAUGAUUUAUUGCCAAAGAGCCCCCAGAAUAAUGUUAAAAGCUAGAAAUCCUUAUAAAAUAAUAAUAACAAUCAUCUAUUUGAUUCUACUUUGUAAUAAGAAGAAAAGAUUGAAAUUCCAAAAUUAUAAUAACUUAUUGGUAAUCAAGAGAAGAUUGAAACUGAUAUUAUGUAAGAAUUGAUACGAGUGAAAUGUGACUUUGGUACUAAUCAAGCUAGAAGAGUUUAUUUCAGAUAAUUCAAGUAUAAAGAAAUGAUUCGGAUUUAUAAUCAUAAAUUGUUUAAAGAUACGAUUUAGUAUUGUCUUAUUCUCUUUAUCUAUUUGAUGAUCUUUUAAUUGCCAAUUUUAUUUGCUUUAAUGGAAUAUCAGCAAUAUUUGGGAGUCAAUCUCACUAUCGAAGGAUUGAAGAUUGCAUUCUAUCUAAUGAGCUGUAUAGUUGUUCCUUUCUGUCUAAGAGAUGCCUACAAAUAUAUCUUCUAAAUAAGUAUGAUCAUAGGGUAUUUCAUUUGCAUCUUAUUCACCAUCAUAACAAUCAUUAUUAAUGAUCCAAUCGAAAGAUCAUACAUUACUCUAAUCCUAGCUUAUACUUUAUGUUUGGGAUACUUUUUACGAGCCUUACCUUAUUUCACUUCUCGCCAUAGGAAACUGCUAUUCAUUUUGAAAUAUAUCAAUGUCAUAUUCAUACUAGCUUUUUCUAAUUAGUGGAAUGAAACUAUCAUAUUUAUUCUUACUAUAGAGGUAUUUAUUCUUGUUUAGAGGAAUCAAAAUGAGGAUUUGCUUUAUUAGAAUUAUAAUAUUCAUGAUCAACUCUUGUAACAAUAAUAAGAAUAAAAUAAAAUUAUCAGUCAUCUCUUGCCUUCACAUAUUUUAUAAUAAUAUUUUAAAGAACAAGAUACUCUGCCUGACGUUUUUGAAAAUGCAACCAUCCUCUAUGCUGAUAUAGCUGGCUUUACAAAAUAUUCUACUAGUGUAGAUGCUCAAUAAGUAUUGUAAAUGUUGAGUUCACUUUUUAAUAAAUUUGAUGUGGCUUGCACUGAGAACAAUGUUUAUAAAUUGUAUUCAAUUGGAGAUAGCUAUGUUGUUAUGGGAGUUUUGGAUGCUAAUAAUGGAAUCAGAGAGGAAGAAACUUAUAAUGUCGUCAAUUUGGGAUUUCAAUUGCUAGAUAUUGUUAAUUUACUCAAGAAAAACAUUCAAUACCCUGAUAUCAAUAUGCGGAUUGGAAUACAUACAGGAAAUAUCAUUGGAGGAAUAGUAGGAACAGACAUUGUGAGAUAUGAUAUUUAUGGGUCGGAUGUUGCAUUAGCAAAGAAAAUGGAAUAGAAUUCAUAAAUUGGUAGAAUCAUGGUUUCAGAAGAUACUAUGAAAUUCUUAGAUGCCACUUACACUGGAGAAUUUAGCUAUGUGUUUGCUAAUUAGAUUGAACAUCGUAAUAGGAUUAUUUAGGGCUAUUAUAUAGACAGAGUAUAAAUUGAAGAAUGAAAACUUAUUUUAAUAAUCAUCAUUAUUGGUUUAAUACAACUUUUAUUCUUAAAA